UACAAUCAGCAAAAAAAAAAAAAAUAGAGAUACGGGAUACUAUUAACAAUUUCAUAUGUCCGUUCGGCGCAACCGGCGCCGCCGGCGGCGCGCUCAGGCGGAGGCUCGCUCGAAGCUGAGCCAGUUAUCGGAGAAAGAGGAGGAGCCGCGGAGAAUUCCAGAUGUUCGCGCUCUGCGGCGGAGCCUGCACGGCCAGAUCCGCGGCUACUACCUCGACGCCAUCUCCCGCCUGCCCACCGCCGACCUCACCACCACCCUAGCGCGCGGCCUCCUCGUCGCCGGCCACUGCUACGGCCCUCUCCACCCCGUCCACAACAUCCUCCUCAACACUAUCUGGCACUCCGCCGCGUUCCCCCUCCGCCCCGAUGACCGGAUCGACGUCGCCGUCAUCAACAAAAGCGGCAUAGCCCGCCUCGUCCAGCGCUCCCUCGACGGAUUGGUCGCGUCCCUUCGCCGCCACUGUCCCCGCCUCUCCGAAGACGACGCCCUCUGGCACCUCAGCCUCUCCGGCGCCGACCUCCGCGCCGCCGUUGCGUCCGCACGCGGGGCUGCGCCAUCCUUAUUCCGUCAGACGGAAUCGGAGGCGGAGGCGGUGUUUCUGGCGGCUGCCAAGGCGGCGCGGCAUCCGAAACCUGCAGCCCUCGCGCUCUUCGCUUCUUCGGUGAUCCCCUCCGUGGCAGGUGACGCCGUCUCCCUGCUCAACAGCAAGCGCAGGCUUUCCUCGGCCGACAUCCUGCGCCUCUCCGCCAUGGUGCUGCCUUCCCCACUCCCAGAUGAGCUGCCGCACCUGCCUCUCCAGGAGCGGUUCCCCGCGGCAUUCAAACUCAUCGCCAGGAGGAGGAAGCUUCUCGUAAGAACUUACACAAAAUGGGUCCAGCUAGCGGAUGCAGCAUUGAGCAAGUACGCCCGGCAGACCGCGGAACAUUACCAGCUUCAUAUCGUCUAUGGCGUCGGUGCCCUGCAGGAUGAGUUCGGCCUGGAUGAAUCCUACCAUGUCAGUUUCAUGGCGUGGCCAAAGGAUCCUCCCUCUUGUUGUGCUACUAGUACAGAAGCUCCGGUGGUGUUUUUUUUUGCUGAAGCGCUUUAUCCGUCUGGCUCUGAAUUCUCUGAAGAGGACAUCACCUUGUGCUGUAUGGUUCAGCCAUCGCCAACCGGAGUUGAUAGUUGCCAGGUAUGUCUGACCGAGAACGUCCAAGUGGAUCACCCUGAUGAUUCUGAGAACUUUGGUGGUGGGCAGUACUGCAACAUUGAUGGAAUCGGUAAAGACCUGGAUUGCCAAAUCACUAGUGAUGUCGACUACAGAUGUUUCGAUCCUGACAGAGACAUUGAUUUCGUGGAGUACUUGGAUCAAGAUUUUACCAGUUACACAUCGGCUUCACCGUGGCAUCGUCGACAUAAAGAUGAUAUCGAUUCAGCUAUCUUGUAUUAUUGCAAGAGAUAUACUAGGUGAUGUGCUAUGGUUCUAAUUCCGUUGUUGUUAAUAGCCUACAUCACCGUUAUUAUUAUGUAUAAUUGUUGUCAACUUAAGAGAAUCUGUUGUAUUAUUGGUGUUUAGUGAAAAUGCAUGGACUUGCUGCUUGCAUUA